AUGAUCGCCAACAGCGCGCCAGAUGCCAAGGGGAUGCAUGACCCGGACACUGGGACAUUGAUUGAUGACGAGCUGGAUGGGAACCUGGAUGUGGAUCCAGAUGAGAUCACAGAGGUGGAAGUAGCCCGACAAAAGAUCCGUCAGCUGAUGCAUGAGCAGGAGAGGGCAGCUGAUUACGAAGAUCGGCUAGCCAGGAAGCUCCAGAAGCUGGAUGCGGAUUUGGCCUCGAAGAGGGAAGAAGUGGAAGGUCUACAAAGGUGCUUCCCAUGGAAAGACCCCCAUGGCUUCCCGAAGCCACAGUCAGAGAAGGUCUUGACUGCUUGGCAAUUGAUUACAGAUGAGGGGCGGUUUUUCUUUCGGUUUAACAUGAAGCAGCUCGGCUUGAUGGAAUACUUGAGUGAAAAGCGGGAGCGUGAGACAAAGGCAAAGACUCAGGAAGAGCGGAUACGAGAAUACUUGACAGAGGUGCUGUACGCGAAACCCAAGCAGAAAGACAAGAAAGCUGAGUUCAACCUGGAUACUGUUUUAGUGUCUUUCGUCAAGAUGAACGAAAGUUUCAGGUACAAUCUGGCCUUCAGGGUGGACUCAGGAACGACUAUAGCCCAGCUGCGGAACAGUGCCUGCAAGUCCUUGAGCUCAGUGUAG